AUGGCUUGUUUAUGUGUUGGGCGAUCUAUUCAUGAAGUAAAAGAUGAGAAGUUAAAAAAGUACUACUUGGAUACCCUAAAUGAAAUUCCACUAAAUAACAUAAAAUUAGUUGUACCAAUAAUAUGUUGGGAAUGUGAAGCGACUUUACACAAAGUAUUGGCUUUUAGAGAACAAGUAAAGGAUUCAUAUAGGAUAUUGCAAACUUUUACAGAGAAUUUAAAUGAAUGUUUGUUAACUGAUGUAUCAAGGAGUCCGAGAUUGAAAAUACAUACAAAUGUACCUAUUACCAUUUUACCGAACGACUUGGAAGACAUCAAACUGGAGAAUGCGGAUACAGAUAAAACAGAAAAACUCACAGAUUAUAAAACAGAUAUAGUACCAUCAGACGAUGAGCCCAAUGAAGAUAUACAGACAGUAAUGUGUGAUGUUAAAAGAUAUAAAAGAAAGAAAAAGAAUCUUCACAAAAUACGUAAAGUAUCACGUCUGGAUGAAAAGGAUCCUGUAGAUAUAACAGAAGAUGAAAGAAGUUUGAUAGAUAUUAAAAUAGAAGAAAACAAAGAUAUUUAUAAUCAAACACUCACUAAAGAUGAUGUGACAGAUAGUACAAAGAAUAUAAGUGAGAACGUUCGAAAUCACACAAAAAAUGGCGAUAUGAAAGUUUAUAAUGAGAACACAUUAUUGCAAAUAGAAAUGGAUGUCGUUAAAUUGGAAUUAGAUGAUAGAGAUGAUGAUUCUGAUUCGGAUACAAAAGAUAUAGAUACAGAGAUACAAUCGUUUUUGGAUAAUGUCAAGAAGAAUUCUGAGAAGGGCAAGAGUAGAAGUAAGAAGAAAUGCGAUGAUAAGUGUACAAAAAAUAACAUAAUAACUGUAGAUCUCUCCUAUGAGGAAAUGCAAGCGGAGAGAUUAAAACUCUCUCAAACGGAGAGUUUCUUGCAAGCUCAAUACAAAUGUGAGAGUUGCUACAUUGUUUUUAACUCUCCGACGUCACAGAAAGCACAUCAUACGAAAAAACAUGCGGUGAAAGGUGAUUUCAUAUGUUCCAUAUGCAAAACUAUCAUAUCGUCGGUGGAAGCAUUCACUUUACACUAUAAAAGUCAUAUGAGGAGAUACGAGUGUCCCACUUGUGGGAAACGUGCAACGAACAUAAAGACGAUACAACAACAUGUAUAUGCAAAACAUGAAAAAAAUAUGAAGAAAUAUCAGUGCAAUGUAUGCGGUAAAGUUUCUAAUUCCUUAGACACGCAUAGAUAUCACCGCGACACGCACAAGGCGCGUGUGGAAUGUUCCCAAUGCGAUAAAACUUUUAGUCAUCGUGCCGGCCUUAUGAAUCAUAGACUUGCAGUACAUGAAUCCCAAAACGAGUUCCCUUGUACGGUAUGCGAUAAAGUGUUCAGAUGGAAGACCAGUUUGAAGAGACACUUGGAGAAACAUGAAAAUGAGAAUAAAGGUAGCACCACACAAAACAGGGCUUUCUGCGCUUCGUGUGGUAUUGGCUUUUCGUCUGUGUGUUCGUUCCAACGACAUCUCAGGAACAGUCUGAAACAUGUCACACACGAUCAGCUUAAAUUCAUUUGCGAUCACUGCAAGCAAAGGUUCGCAGAUAAAACAAAACUCAGAGACCAUAUAGAAGAGAAACAUCUACAUCGCACCUUCCAAUGUCCGAUAUGUAAUAAGCCAUCUAAAAACCGUGUAGGUUUAGAGCAGCAUAUACGAGCGGUACACAAGGGCAGGCCCAACAAUAGGAUGUGCCAUCACUGUGGGAAAGGAUUUCCGACCAAAGUCCAGUUAGAGUCCCACAUAAGGACACACACAGGGGAGAGACCGUUCAUGUGCGAGUUCUGUCCCACCACCUUCUCUCAGCAGUCCAACUUGUACAAACAUCAUCGGCAGGUACAUUUAAAUAUAAAAUCUAAAAGGUAUCUUUGCAAGAAGCGUAGACUUGAUGGAAAUGAGAGUGGCGAUGUGCCAUUCACUCUACCCAUAAUGCAGUAUUUACCCGAAAACGGAUUUAGUUUA